AUGAAUUCUAGGCCCGAUUCGAUCAGGGAGACGAAUGUCUCGAGAGAAGCGAGAAGUUCACGACCCAACAACAACAACAACAACAGCAGCAGUCAGGGUAACCCUGCCGUGGGUAAUGAAGAUGAAGUCGAGCACGAAUAUCUCUCCGGAGUCAAAUUGGCCUUGGUCAUAAUUGCGGUUAUUGCGAUCGCUUUGCUUGUCAUGCUUGAUAUGUCCAUAAUCGCUACGGCAAUCCCUAAAAUCACGAGCGAUUUUCACUCUACUGCGGGCGUUGGUUGGUACGGAAGUGCGUAUUUAUUAACAAGCUGUACUCUCCAGCCUAUGUCAGGCAAGGUAUAUUCUCGGUUCAACGUCAAGUAUACAUAUAUAGCCUUCAUCGCCCUUUUCGAGCUUGGCUCAUUAGUAUGUGGGGUUUCAACCUCUUCCAAUAUGUUUAUAGUAGGGAGGGCAAUCGCUGGGAUGGGGAGUUCUGGCGUGUCGAACGCUCGUACGUUACGUUCUGACUUACGGUCUGGCGGCCAGAUAGGCGUUGUGGCCUCACCGUUGAUUGGAGGUGCAUUGACGGAAUAUGCGACCUGGAGAUGGUGCUUCUACAUCAAUCUCCCCAUCGGGGGCCUGGCAGUGCUUUUUCUUCUUUCCAUCUCACUUCCCGAACACGGUCUUAGCAGACCAGAGCAGCGAUCAGAAAUAAAAUUUGCUUCUCUCUUUUCCGAUCUCGACAUCAUAGGUUUUCUUCUCCUCUCUCCGACCCUCGUCAUGUUUCUUCUUGCUCUCGAAUGGGGUGGAACGACUUAUCCCUGGAAUACUGCCAUGGUUAUCGACCUCUUCUGUGGGUCCGCCGGCAAUCUGGUAUUGUUUUUAACUUGGGAAUAUAAAAAGGGAGACGCGGCAAUGAUUCCCUUGAAAAUGAUCAAACAGCGGGUUGUCUGUUCUUCUUCGUUGACUAUGUUCUUCCUUUAUGCAAAUAGCCUGAUCUGUUCUUACUACCUGGCUGUAUACUUCCAAGGAGUGCGAGGCGAACCACCGAUGUUUAGUGGCGUGUAUAUGCUACCGGGGGUCAUUGCUCAAAUGAUCUCUGGCUUUCUAUCUGGCUUAGCGGUCACCCGGCUUGGUUAUUACCUGCCCUCGGCAGUUACGGGAACACUCUUAACCGCAAUCGGAUCUGGAUUGAUGAGUCUAGUCACUCCGCACACAAGCAUGGGUAAAUGGAUGGAUUGGCCCCUCAUAGCAGUCCAAACCAAUCUGCCUCCCUCCAAAAUCGCCGUCAGCAUGGCCUUUCUCUAUUUCUGUCAGAACUUCGGUGGAGCACUGUGGCUUUCCUUCGCUAGCACAGUCUUCAACACCGGUCUUGCAAACCUUCUACCCAUCUACGCACCAAACGUUUCUGUUUCGGAAGUUACGUCGGCUGGUGUAUCUGGAAUGCGAUCUGUGAUCCCGCAUUCUAGUUUAGUGGGUGUGGGUAUCGCUUACAAUGAUGCUAUUCAGCAUGUUUUCUAUAUGGUUGCUGGGACUGCGGGGGCGGCCUUUAUAUUUAGUUGGGGCCUAGGAUGGAAGAGCGUUCAGAAGAGGAGAGCCUAG